UUUGGUUAUUUCCAACUUUUAUUCACUCCUUUCAACUUAACUCAUUCCUUUCCUUAGCUAUUAGUUCCAACUAAAAGUUUGUAUUAACCAACUAAUCUCAAACUUUUCAUUUAUCCAUCAUUUAUUUGCUUUUGUAUUAAUAAAUUUCUACAGUCACUCCUUACAGUAUAUUCUUCCCUAGAAGUUUACUCAUCAAAUCAAAUAAUAUAUUUACAAUCUUUUUAAAUUCAUUCCUUUGAAAAUAUUUAGCUAUUAAAAUGUUAUUUAAAUCAGUUAUUACUAUCUCUUUAGCUGCCUUAGCUUUUGCUGCUCCUCAUCAACAUCAUCAACAUAAAGAAGAAAAGAGAGCUGUUGAUAUUGUCACCAAAACAAAUGUGAUUGUUGUCACUGUUGGUGGUGAUUUCACUGCUACUCUUCCAGCUGCUGAAGGUACUCCAGCUGCUGUUACAGCUGCUGCUGCUGCUGCUGUUUCAGUUCCUCCACCUCAACAACAACCAGAAUCUUUCACUAACCCAACUACUUUUGAAAGUGUUGCAACUACUGCUUCCACUCAAGCUCCAGUUGCUUCUGCUGAUGCUGAAGGUGCUAAGGGUAUUACUUAUACUCCUUACUCUAACGAUGGUGGUUGUAAACCUCAAUCUCAAAUUAACUCUGAAGUUGCUGCUUUAGCCGGUUUCGAUAUUAUUAGAUUAUACGGUGUUGACUGUAACCAAGUUGCUGCCGUCUUAGCCGCUAAACAACCAAACCAAAAACUUUUCGCUGGUAUCUUUGAUAUGACUCAAAUUACUGCUGGUAUUCAAACUUUAACUGAUGCCGUUAACGCUAACGGUGGUUGGGAUGAAAUUUUCACUGUUUCUAUUGGUAAUGAAUUAGUUAACUCUGGUCAAGCCACCCCAGCCCAAGUUGCUUCUUAUGUUCAAGAAGGUAGAGCUGCUUUAACUGCUGCUGGUUACACUGGUCCAGUUGUUUCUGUUGAUACUUUUAUUGCUACCAUGGAACACACUGAAUUAUGUACUAUCUCUGAUUACGUUGCUAUUAACGCUCACGCUUUCUUUGACGGUACUUAUGUUGCCGACAAAGCUGGUGAUUGGUUAUUAAUUCAAAUCCAAGCUGUCUGGACUGCUUGUGCCGGACAAAAAUCCGUCUUAGUUACUGAAACUGGUUGGCCAUCCCAAGGUGAAACCAAUGGUGUCGCCGUCCCAUCUAAGCCAAACCAAGAAGCUGCUAUUGCUUCCAUUAAAGAAAAGUGUGGUAAUGAUUCCAUUUUAUUCACUGCUUACAAUGAUUUAUGGAAAGCUCCAGGUGCCUUCGAUGCUGAACAAUACUGGGGUAUUUUCUCAUCUUAAGUUAAUUAAUUUAUUAAUUAACUAGGUGGUUUUUUUUGGUUUCUUUUCUUCACUUUUCUUAUAUCUUCCUCUUAUCAACUUUUUAUCUUUGAUUCUUUAUACCAUUUGUUUCUAGUUUGAUUUCCUCGUUACCCAAUGAUUUGAUUAUAAUCAAUCAUUAUUAUUUGUUCUUUGACUUUUACGUUUUUUUGUUUUUUUUUAUACAUACAUUUUAUCAUCAUAUUUUUUUAUAUCUGAUAUCCCAAAAGAAAACUCCAAAAUUUUUAGAAGAAGAAGAAGUAUGAG